UGCUCCUCUAGCAGUAUAUAAACCGCUCAUGGGGAUCCAGAGGCAGGACACUCAUUCUCAAUACUCAAAGAUGUACAAGUUCGCUAUCUGCCUUGCCCUUUUGGCGGCCGCCUCCGCCCGCCCCCAACAGAAGAGCGCCGAUGCGCCCGCCGCCAUCCUCAAAUACGACAACGAGGGAGUCAACUUCGACGGCUCUUACCAAUUUGGUUAUGAAACGGCCAACGGCAUCUCCGCCAGCGAGAACGGCUACAACAAGCCCAUCCAGAGCACUGACCCCGAGAACCAGAACGCGCAGGUCGCCGAAGGUCAAUACUCGUACACUGCCCCUGAUGGCCAGGUGAUCACCGUCAACUACGUGGCUGACGAAAACGGAUUCAGGCCCACUGGCAACCACCUUCCCACCCCUCCCCCCAUCCCCGCCGCCAUCCAGCGUGCCCUCGACUACCUCGCCACCCUUCCCCCUCAGGUGCAGAAGAAGUAAAAAAAUAAUUAUGUAAAAAUUGAUCAUCACCCAUCCAUGCACAAAUAAUGUACAUAAUAUGUAAAAAUCCUUGCUAAUUUUAUAAGCAAAGCAAUAAAAACCUGUAAAUCAGUCGAACCCUAAAAGCAAACUCGUC